UCCCGGCGGGAGGAAUCGGUAAAACAGCCUGCUGACCUUCACGGACCUCACGCUGAUUUCACGCCGCUUUGCGUCGUCUCUUCCGGACGGAAGCGUCCCGGUGUCGUUCAGAAAAAGAGUGAGAAGAUGGAGAGUCGGAGGGAGCCUUUUAUGCCUUUUUAAGAAGCCGUAAUCCGCCAGAGGGACGUAUCUUUACACACUUAAAGGGAAUUCUGGCUCCUGUGAAUGGAAGAGCUGCAUGUUAAAGGACAUUUUUAUUUAUUUUUGUCCAGGCCUCUGCCAGUAACCUGCAUUAAAGAAGAACCAGCAACUCCUGUGGUCCGACUCCCUUCUUCAAUUGAACACAACGCAGAACAUAUCAAGGAUGGCAGCAGCAGGGAGGAAAAGGGAAAGUGAAGCUUUGGGAGAUGAAACUGAGGAUGAGGAGAGAGGAGGCCGGCGAAGGAGGAUCAGGAUGAACAACAAAUACAUCGGCGCUCAUGUUGGUAUUCAAGGAGGUAUCUGGAAGGCGGUGGAGUCCAGCGCGGCACUCGGCGCCGGCGCCUUCGCUCUGUUUCUGGGCUCUCAGCGCUCGUGGAAGAGGCCGGCGUUGGACCCGGCCGCUGCAGACCGGUUCCAGGAAAACUGCUCCGUGCUCGGCUUCGACCCGGCUCACAUCCUGCCUCACGGCUCCUACCUGAUGAACUGCGGAUCGCCCAAAGACGACGUGUGUGAGAAGAGCCGCGCCCUGCUGGUGGACGAGCUGAGCCGCUGCAGCCGCCUCGGCCUCCGCCUCUACAACUUCCACCCCGGAUCCUCGCUGGGCGCCAUCACCACGCAGCAGUGCCUGGACAAGAUCGCCGCUGCCAUCAACCACGCUCACCAGCAAACUCCUGCUGUGGUCACAGUGUUGGAGAACAUGAGCGGUCAGGGCAGCACAGUGGGGGGUCGGUUCUCUGAGCUGCGGCGGAUCAUCGACCGGGUCAGGGACCGCAGCAGAGUGGGGGUGUGUCUGGACACCUGCCACGCCUUCGCCGCAGGUCAUGACCUGGCAGUGGACGGCGGCGUGGCGGCCAUGUUGGAUCAAUUUGAUCAGGUGGUGGGGCUUCGCUACCUGAGAGCGCUUCACCUGAACGACUCCAAAGGGAAGCUGGGCUGCAACCUGGACCGCCAUGAAGACAUCGGGACAGGAAACAUCGGGCUCUCAGCAUUCCGGGACGUCGUCAACGAGCCGAGGCUGGACGGCCUCCCGCUGAUCCUGGAGACGCCCGGACGGCCGGGAUUCCAGGACGCCGAGCAAAUCGAGCUUCUCUACUCACUGAGUGAGAAAAAGAAAGAAUGAGAGAAACGACCAGGGGCCACAGCAAGAACAGAAAACAAUAAAGUCACAACAUUAUGAAAAUAAAGUGAAUAAAAUAUAAGAGAAUGAAGUCAUAAAGUUGAGAACAUUAAAAAAAUAAUUGUAUUACUUUAGCCUCCUAAAUUUAUAUUAUGAGAAUAGUCAAAGUUAAGAAUAAACUCAAUAUCAAAAUAAAGUCAGAAUUAUGACACGUUAGUCGAAAUGAUACAAGCGUAAAGUUCCAGUAUUGCAAUAAUAGUCAUAUUACUUUAUUCUCAAAGUAUAAUUAUAGAAAUAUAACUCUAUUGUUCUUUUCUUAACGUUAUGACUUUGUCCUCAUAGAUAUAUAUAUUUAUUUAUUGUUUUGUGUGUGGCUGUAACUCUCCAUCAUCAUCCAACAUGUUUUAAAAAGAUUUUUCCAUUUUUCUUCCUUAAAUAAACAAUUUAAAUAAAUCUGGUCCUGCGGGGAUUUGUUUGGCCACAAGGGGGCAGCAGACUCCCACAAAAACUCCACAAACUUUAAUUCUACGAGAAAGAAAAGCAGCAAAUAGACAAGUUUUCUGUAAAAAAAAAAAACUUGACUAUAAUUUGUUAAAAACAGCCAUUUGUAAAAUCUGUAUUUUUAUUUAUAUUUUCCAACCUGGAUGGUUUCAUCUGCAGGUCCGGUGGCUGGUUCUGGUUUUUAAGUUCUUUUAAAUGUUGGAUACAGUUAGUGUCACAAUGAGCAAUAAAUUAAUGAUUAUGAUCACAUGAUUAAAAAACUCAAUUCCCAUUUUUAAAAUGUAUAAUGUUUCUCUUUCUACCAUAAACUGGA